AUGGAUGCGAAAAUUUCUGUGUCGCCCACAAGCCUCGUUGAUAAGAUUGUCGUUCCAGGUGAUGUUGUUCUUGAUUUGUCAAACAUGAGUAACCAAACAAUCAAGCUCGGUGGUGGCCUCCGUCAGGAUAAUGAUGCUAUCUCUGCCACGCGAGCUGGCAAGUUAAGUUACUCGAAGCCUAAUAAGUAUUCGAUCGAAAGUUCUCAUAAACGGUACAUUCCUCGCCCUGAUGAUCAUGUUCUUGGAAUUGUGGUAGAUUCUAGAUCAGAUAAUUUUUGGGUAGACAUAAAAGGACCUCAAAUUGCGCUUUUGCCAAAUCUUGCAUUCGAAGGAGGAACAAGAAGAAAUAUUCCCAAGUUUGAAGUGGGCACUUUGCUUUAUGUUCGUGUUGUCAAGACAAACACAGGAAUGAAUCCCGAGCUGUCCUGUACUGAUGCAAGUGGCAAAGCUGCAGCAUUUGGACCCUUGAGAGAUGGUUUCAUGUUUGAAACGUCAACUGGUCUUUCAAGAAUGUUGUUGAGUUCACCAACGUGCCCAGUCCUCGAAGCUCUAGGAAAGAAACUUUCAUUCGAGAUCGCCACUGGCUUAAACGGCAGAGUGUGGGUAAAUGCAGCUGCUCCGCGUUCAGUCAUUAUAGUGGCCAACGCGAUAAUGAACUCAGAAUCCUUAAGUGGAACUCAGCAGAGGAUAAUGGUUGAGAAAUUGCUUGCAAAAAUUUCAGACUAA